AUGAUUGUAAAACGCCAGCAAAUACCAAAAACACAUUUAAUGCAGAGGACACAUUCUCACCUGUUUCUGGCAAGUAUCAUGCUUAUUAAGGAGGUUAUACCUAUAAAUUCUGUUUCGAUAGUGAAAGGUAGCCCUGCAUCUUCUGAGAGGAAUUUAACUGGAUCACCAAGAGUAGCUAAAGAUAUAAUAGCAGAUGUAUACAAUGCUAUUCAACACUGGAAUGAUCAUCAUAUAAAAGGGCAACUUGUUUUGGAAAGUAUAGCACAUUCAAGAAAUAUUAAUGAAGCUAUGUUUUAUGCUGCAUUGUGGACUCAUCAACCGUAUGUUUCUGAUUCUACAAUUUUUAAAGUGGAAACUUUACUAGUUGAAUCUGGACACAAGAAAUUUUGAGCGUUAAUGUUUUUUAAUUACAGUUAAUUGCGACAUCGACUUUGAAAAUAGUAUGGCAUCAGAAUCAGGUGCUCAUAUUAUCCACCGAUGCAAUUCGGAAGGAUCCGAAAAUUCGAAAAAAAUAUUGAUUAACCUGUUUCCAAAACAAGCAGACUGCUCUUAUGUUUCUUGUUAUUGGUAAGUUAAAAUAAGUUUGUCUUUAACCAAUAAUUUACUUUUUUUAAUUUAACUUAUUUGUCACUGAUAAAAAUUUUGAUGUGACUGAUCAUAUUUCCUUUAUGUAAUAUUGCCUAGUAAUUAAU